AUGACGAAGUUCGGUAAACUCGUCAAGGAGCUGAUAGAGCUAUACUCUGAAUGCUUGGCCAUGGUAAAGAGAUUGAGCUCGAACGGGGGUAAAAGACUGGCCACGAAGCCUGGCUCGGUUCUGCGUAGACAGCUUCGGGCGGACAGGGACAAUAUCCAGGCCUUCUACCAGUCUCGACUUAGACACAGUGGCACUUCAUUCGAAUCUGGCGAUGGUAUACCCCACGUAGCGUCACUGACCGAGAUAAGCAUUCGGCGGAUAAUGGCCAAGAUAAAAAGCACACUAUCCAUGGCCGGGAGAGUUGUUGUCAAUCGCCAACCAAGAAGUUUAAAUCUGGAGUCGCUCGUCAACCUGUCUAGCGAUUCGAGGACGCGAGCCUUGUCAACAAUGACCACACUAUCUACCAGGAUGGACACGUGUAGUAGAUCGUCCUCUUCCGGCGGACGCCGCCGUCUAAGUAGCGGAGCAAAGCAUGGCCAACGAGCCGCAACGAAGCGGAAGCAUUCAUCUAGUCAACUAUUAGGAAGAUAUGACGAAAGGGACAGCCUAGAACACCAUGGGCGUCCGGAAUCCAGAACUACGUUAUCAUCCGGAAGUACAAAACUUGGCGAAAUAAAAGACGGUCACAGGAGCAAAAAGAGUGGCGUCAACUACAGCGGAUAUACGACAUAUCCACAAACCCGGUAUCUACCCAGAUUAGACUCGAGAGCAGAAAGACGAACAAAAAUGGUAGGGACAGGCUUGUUUCGGAGCAUCCUGUGCCGGCGAUCAGUUUCUUGA